AUGUGGGCCAGUCACUACUUCCUGUGUGUCUGUAACUACUUCCGGUGGAUCAGUUCCUGUUUCCUGUGUGUCAGUAACUGUUUCCGGUGUGCCUGUGACUACUUCCUGUGUGUCUAUAACUGUUUCCGGUGUGCCUGUGACUACUUCCUGUGUGUCUAUAACUGUUUCCGGUGUGCCUGUGACUACUUCCUGUGUGUCAGUAACUACUUCCUGUGUGUCUAUAACUGUUUCCGGUGUGCCUGUGACUACUUCCUGUGUGUAUAUAACUGUUUCCGGUGUGCCUGUGACUACUUCCUGUGUGUAUAUAACUGUUUCCGGUGUGCCUGUGACUACUUCCUGUGUGUCUAUAACUGUUUCCGGUGUGCCUGUGACUACUUCCUGUGUGUCAGUAACUACUUCCUGUGUGUCUAUAACUGUUUCCGGUGUGCCUGUGACUACUUCCUGUGUGUCUAUAACUGUUUCCGGUGUGCCUGUGACUACUUCCUGUGUGUCUAUAACUGUUUCCUGUGUGCCUGUGACUACUUCCUGUGUGUCUAUAACUGUUUCCGGUGUGCCUGUGACUACUUCCUGUGUGUCUAUAACUGUUUCCUGUGUGUCUGUAACUACUUCCGAUGGAUCAGUUCCUGUUUCCCGUGUGUCAGUAACUACUUCCUGUGUGUCUAUAACUGUUUCCGGUGUGCCUGUGACUACUUCCUGUGUGUCUAUAACUGUUUCCGGGAGCUGAAUGAGACCACAGUGCUGAUGAACCUGAAGAAGCGUUACGACCAGGAACUCGUAUAUGUGGGGAAUCUGGGUCUCCUCUUCAUGUUGCUGUUCUUCAUCUAUGCAGCACUGGGAGUGGAGCUGUUUGGGAAACUGGAGUGUUCCGAGGAGAACCCGUGUGAGGGUCUGAGUCGUCACGCCACGUUCCAGAACUUUGGCAUGGCGUUCCUCACCUUGUUCAGCGUUUCCACCGGUGACAACUGGAAUGGAAUUAUGAAGGACACGCUGCGGGACUGUCGUCCAGAGGACCGUUCCUGUCUGUCCUACCUCCCUCUGGUUUCUCCGGUCUACUUCGUGACCUUCGUCCUGACGGCCCAGUUCGUGCUGGUCAACGUGGUGGUGGCGGUGUUGAUGAAACACCUGGAGGAGAGCAACAAGGAGGCACAGGAGGAGGCAGAGGAGGAGGCCAAGGAGGAGGAGGCGCGUCAGGAGGAGGCCAGGCAACAGGAGGCCAGGCAAGAGGAGGCGCGACAGGAGGCCAUCAACGCCACAGUGGGCGGUGUGGAAUCAUCUGGACAGGUUGUGGAAGAAGAGCGUUGUCGUGGUAGCCUGCUGACGGCAGGCCGGCCGUCUCUGUCUCGUAUGAUGUCUCUGCCUAGCGACAGCUACAUGCUCCGCCCCCUACAGCCUCUCAGACACACCCGCUACCCUCCCAUUGGCCACGACACCUACAAGGGAUGCGGUUUCUCAGGUUCUGUCUAUUCCAUGGGUUCUAGCGGAGCAGGAUCCCUACUGCAGGUCCCGGGGGCGUUACCGUCUGGAAGCCACGCAUCCCUCAGCUCCAGGGGCUCCAGCUGCAGACCCACAGUCAGGCUCAGCCCCUCCCACAGCGUAGACAGACACUCCUCUCCAUGGCGAGACACACCCCAGGAGGCCUGGCCACGUUGA